GUGUGAUCAGACUCAGGUGGACCACUAAUUAAGGACGGGGUGGGCUUCUUCCAUAUUUUGUGGCCCACACAAACUAGGCUCUGAUAUAAAAGGUUGUGCAGCAGCAGCCAGGCACCUUUUGCCCAGCUCUGCCUCUCCGGACUCAGAAGACUAGUCACCAUGAAGCUGCUCGCACACAUCCUGUGUCUCUGCCUGGCCCUCGCUCUGGCAUGGGCCGAUGAGCCUGAAACCGAAAUAUCAACCGUCCCUGACCGGUGUGAGGGCUUGGAGAUGGAUGCUGUUACAGUGAACGAAGAAGGAACUCCAUACUUUUUCAAGGGUGACUUCCUGUUCAAGGGUUUCCAAGGCUUACCAGAGCUGUUCAAUGAGACCUUUGCUGAGCUGGAUGACCUUCACCACCUGGACCACGUAGACGCUGCUUUCAUUAUGCACUACGAGGAAAGCCCCACCGACCAUGACCGCGUUCACCUCUUCUUGGACGACCAGGUGUUCAUCUAUUUCCAACAUAAGCUGGAGGAAGGUUACCCCAAGAACAUCUCUGAAGUGUUCCCAGGCAUUCCUGACCACCUGGAUGCUGCUGUUGAGUGUCCCAAAUCAGAGUGUGAGGAAGACUCUGUCAUCUUCUUCAAGGGACACGAUAUCUACCAUUACAACGUCAAAACCAAGGCUGUACAUGAGAAAGACUUUAUCUCCAUGCCAAACUGCACGUCUGCUUUCCGCUUCAUGGAGAACUAUUACUGCUUCCACGGACACAUGUUCUCCAAAUUCGACCCAAAGACCGGCUUUGUGCACGCCAAAUACCCCAAAGAGGCCCGCGACUACUUCAUGAGAUGCUCCAAGUUUAGUGACGAGAGCGACGACGUGGAAAGAGAGCAAUGCAGCCGUGUUCACUUUGAUGCCAUCGCAGCUGACUCAGCUGGCAACACGUGCGCCUUCAGAGGCCAUUACUUCCUUCAUAAAGAAGUGAGCAACGGCACACUGCAUGCUCACACCAUCGAGAGCGCUUUCAAGGAGCUGCACAGUGAUGUGGACGCUGUUUUCUGUCACAAUGAAAACGCCUACAUGAUCAAGGGUGACCAUAUAUUUGUUUACAACGUGGCUGCCAAGCCCUACACCCUCCUGGAUGGUUACCCCAAGCCUCUGAAGGAGGAGCUGGGCUUCGAUGGUCCUGUUAAUGCUGCAUUUGUCUGUGAAGAGGGUGUUGUUCACGUCGUUAAAGGUCAGAGCAUGAUAUCUGUGGAUAUGAAGACGACCCCGCCCGCCACUGUAAUCGAGCAUCCCAUUUUCAGCUUUAAGAGAGUCGACGCCGCCUAUUGCCACAGUGGAGGACUUGAGGUGAUUGUUGGCAACCACUACUACCACUAUGAGAGCCCCAUGUUGUUUGCCACAGGCAAAAUGAUCCCUGAGCAGCACAAGGUCUCCAUGGAGAUGUUCGGCUGUGAUCACUAAGUGGUUCGCUUUGAAAGACUGAAUUGAUCGAGCAGAGCUUCACAUACAGCAAGAUGAAACAUGGAAACAAAUGCACUGCCAACAUCAUGCAGGAGGAUGCAAUGUCUCAUUCCCCUUUUGUAUUUCUGUUUUCAUACUUCACAUAAGCAGUGGUCAUCCUGGCAAAGGAUAUUAUGUGUUUUCCUGUGGUUCAUUUUGUACAGCGUUGUUGUGAAUAAAGUGGAGAGGCAACACACAACA